AUGAUUCCAAUUGGAACUCUCCACCUCGACCCAGCCCCAGACGACCUAGAAAGGAGAUCUAUUUUCAAGUAUGAAAGCUACAAAGCAGUUAUCUCUGUGAAGAGACCAAAUGAAGAGAUGAUUCGAAUUCUGGGAAGAACUACAACUAUCCUCUCGAUCUUCGAACUGGUUUUGACUAUUCCACUCGUUUGGUUUGUUUGGAAUCCGCUGUGUUUCUUAUUGGUCAUUCCACUGAUCUUCCGUGUUGCUGCCCUUCCAACCAAAUGCGUCCCAAUUCAAUCUAGCCCCUUGUUCGUUACCUUCCACAGCAUGGUCAUCGGUACCCAAGCCCUCGUUAUGUUUGGCUUCUCGUAUCUUUCCGCUCAAGCGUACCACUGGAGCAAUGACAAAGGAUAUACGUUUGUAUGUCUAACCUGUAUCACAUUCAUUCUGGCUCUUCGUUUCGGUUUGACACUUCUUCAAUAUAAACACCUCAAUAUCGUCCGUCUCAAUCGAAUUCUCGCCUCUCCUGAAAUAAUGAAGAAAGGAAAGUUUCUAAUCGUUAACGAGCCAAACGAAGAAACUAUCGAUCACGAAUUGAAAGUCUCUACUGAAAAUUGCGAUGUUUACUCGGCUCUGGUCUACAUUCCAAAGUUCAACAAGAAAAUGGAAAAAGGCCUUUUCUGUGUCUUGGCUUUGUGCACUCAAAUCGCUUUGUUCGGAUUAAUGGCCUACUUCUUCAAAAUCGGAUAUCUCGCUUUCAUCCCAUUCGAACUCUUCUUUUUCGUCAUGUAUGGAAAGGAGAACUUUUUCCAGCUGUUCUUCGCAGCUUUCACCACCUUCCUCGCCUUCGGAACAGAGGGCGAAGGAACUCGUAAAGACUUUGGCUGGAUUGCUCCAGAUCUGGAAACCGGAACAUUGGCAUUGUUCGGAGCAGUUUUCGGAAUUUUCACUAUUCUUCGUCUUCUUCUCGUUGCCAGCUACCGCACCCAUCUCUUCUACUCCAACCUCCGUGACAAAUUCAUGGAUGGUAAAGUCGUUCUUCAGCCUGUAUAA